AUGACGAAAUCCUGGGCCUGGAUAAGCCUUCUUUUGCUGCUGGCCAUCGCUAGCGCGGCUGUUAUACCGGCCGGCAAACCUGCUCAUACAUCAACGCCAUCGACAUCGCCGUCUUCGACUGAGAGAACGCCAAUACCUACGGCGUUUCUGGAGCAGCAGAAGGACGCACGCGGAGGUCAGACCGAUUCGGUGGGAGAAGGACAUGGCCGACAACAGGAUGGUUCAGCUCUAAAUCGGAUGUUGGCGCGACGACAAUUGACGCAAGUUACAGCUGUAAUUUUGGUUCUCCCGAGGAUACUAAGCAGUCCGAACAGGCCCUUUUCAGGAUUGUUUCGCAUCACCACUCUGACUGUCGUUCGGACCGUCACAGUUGAGUUGCCCAGCCAGACAAGAGUCGUCUUUUCGCCCGUCGAGCAGACCCUGACCAUCGUAAACCCUGUCUUGGUCUUCGAGACACGCGUGAUCACUGCUUCGCAGCCAUCCGGGAACAUCGCCGCAAGAGACUUGACCGAGGCGGCUGCAUCCGAUCCAGAGUUUCAUUCCGUGACGCUACCAGUCUAUGCGUCUCCCUCCAAAGAGGCAACGCUCUUGUCAAAGGCAGGGCGCGUUCGACGACAGAAUUCGAAUCCAAUCACCAGAGUCUCGACGAUCACUGUUGAGAUCAUUAGGACGUUAACAAACGUCUGCUCCGUCCGCACGGUCACCGUAUUCGACCCAGUCUACGUGUCCGUAACAGAGAACCAGAUCGUGACUACCACGACUUUCACAACAACCACGCCCUCUAUUGAGACAACAACCUCCCGCUCGUCUUCUGUUGUGUCCCCCGCCCCGCCGGCUGAUCCAGCUCUCUCAUCCAGCGACGACGAGCUGACCGAUACGACUGAACCCUUCAGUACCACGUCCCCCACCAGUAACGCACUCUCGCCGUCCGCAAGCUCAACUACGUUCACAAGUGUCUUGGGUUCGGCGAGCACCAGCCCUAAGCUCGUUCCAUCGGAGACAUCAGCCGACGCUGGUGUCACUGGUCCAGGAGCUCAACCCCCGACAGGAAGCACCGCAACAAGCUCCACGCAAUCGGAACCGACCUCGGGGACCAAUAUCGCAUCCUCCAGGUCAACUGAACUCCCCACCCCAGAAGCCGCCCCAGAAGCCGCCUCAGACCCUGCUCUGUCACCAGGGACGAUCGCUAGCAUUACGCUAGGCGCCGUCACGGCUCUGUUGAUUUUCUUGUUCCUUGGCUUCGUCUACCAAAGAUACCGAAAGUUCCUCAGAAGCCGCCAGCAUCCUCAGUCGUCCAAAAGGGAUUAUCGAAUGACAUCAGCCUCGGCGGCUAGCGCCAUCAUGGAUAAAUCCGCACCCGAUAUCCCGGAUGCCAACGCCCAAGGCCAGGGCGUACCCAGCGAAACCAGCAGCAAUAAAUCGAGCGAGGGCGAGCAGGUCAGAAUUGUCAUUCAUCGUGUUGUGAGCCAGACGGACGACUCCAGCGAGGUUCCUCCUCUGCCGAAAUCCUGGCCACUCCCACCGGGCAACACUGGCCAGGUCUACGGUGUCAUUCCUGAAGAGAGCGGCGAGGCAACGCCCCGCGACGUUACCGGCUGGAGUACUACAAGCGAGUAUGGAAGCACGCUUUACCGCGACGUCUCGCGGAACGGCGUUCGUUAUUAA